AUGGCUCCCAUCCGCAAAUCAACAACGAAAACUGCCUCGGGCAGAGGCGUGAUAGCCAAACCCAGUGUCUUCGGUGACGAAUUUCGCACGAGCAAGAGGGAUAAACGUCAGAUCAAGCAUGCUGCCCUCGUGUCUAAAAUUGAGAAAAAUUCUCAGAAGACUCCCAAGCGUCGACGAGCAUCAAAAAAACUUGUCGCCAACCUCGAAUCUUUGGCCGAUGCCUUGCCCGAGGCUGAAGAAUCCAACGAUGCCGCCAGUCAGGUGAAUGUGAUCAAACAGAAGACUUUGAGACACAAGCCGGGUGCCUUGAAGCGCCGGGAAAAACUCGAGAAAUUGGAGCGAGACCGCUUCAACAAGAACCUGACCGAGAUGUCCAACAUCACAUCAGCCCCGGUUACCAACAAUGGCGAGGCGAGCACCGAGUCGAACCCGACGGCCGGUCGGUGGUCGGCUCUCCGUAACUUCAUUUCACAGACGAUGGAGCAACAGCCUGUGUUCAAGGCGAAUAAAUAA